AUGUUAGGUAGUGGACUUCAGGUUGAUAGACGUGGAUCGUAUAAUACAGCAAAUGUUUAUGUACCACAUCCUCCUCCUCUAUCCACACAUGGUGAGGGUUAUCCUUAUCGCUCACCACCCUUUAUUGGCUCUUGGGAAAACCCUAUUGGAAUGGGAGUUAAAAAAAAAAAGUCCAAAUCCAAGGGAAAAAGACUACUACUAGGAAAAAACAGCCCAUUCAACUCAAUCCCCAUUCUAGGAACCAUUUUGUAAUUAAACCUCUAUCCAACUUUAACCUUUUGGAUUGGAUAAAAAGACUUGGUAUUAAACAUUUUAGAGACAUAUAUAGUCGUGAUGGACUUCCUAAAAAGAUUAGAAAAGAAUGUGGAAUAAUUAAUCUAGAUGAUAUUCAAGGUCCUGGAACACACUGGGUUUGUUAUAGAAAUCUUGGUUCAGUGGUUGAGUACUUUGAUCCAUUUGGGCUGAUAAUGCCAAAUGAAGCAUUAGAGUAUUUUCAGACUUCUGGAAAACGUAUUGUUUACUCAAUGGAUGAAAUACAAAAUCGCAAUACUGUUCUCUGUGGUUACUGGUGUUUAUAUUAUUUGUUUGAGAGACAACGUGGUACUAGUAUUCUAGAUGUAAUACAUAACCCAUAUUUUGAUGAUGACAACAGUGAUUUUAUAAAAGCCUACUUUGGAGGAUAA